GACAGGCGGACAACGAGUCGCCGGGCUCGCGCACGAUUUCCUCUUCCGGGGUCUCUAUUUUGGCGCCUAGCAACGGGAAGUCAAGCGUUGGAACGGUAAAUUGGUUCUGGAAGCCCCGCGGCCUCAGGCUCCGCUUAGUUCCCACUUGUCAGCCGGGGCCCCCUGAGGUGAAUGUUUCCUAGGCCUCUGGCCUAGAAAUGUGGGGCGGACGCCGAGAGGCUUCUUGGCCUUCGCUCCUGACAGUGGGGACGCUGAAGAACUUUUCUCCAAGUGUGUGAGGAGGAGAAGAAGAGGAGGAGAACCAACAGCAGUAACAGUAGGACUCGCAACCCACACUUUCCCGUGUUUAUUCACUGAGAUGUUCGUGGAAGGGAAUUAAGCACACAUAUCUCUGGCUAAAUUUCCGGUUGUGCGCGCACACACCUGUAGUCUUCGGGCAAAAAAAGAGAGAUCUUAUUAAAACAAGUUGGGAACCAUAAAACAUUGCAUGUAGAUGCUGAGGAUGCACUAGUCACCUUCCCUUAGACAGCAUGUCGAAGAAAUCGGAGGCUCCACUGUCCUUAUCUGACUGUCGCUGUAAUAUCUGCAUGGAGAUUUUACUGGAACCAGUCACACUGCCAUGCAACCACACUCUGUGCUAUUCCUGUUUUCAGCUUACAGUGGAAAAGAGCAGCCUGUACUGCCCUUUCUGUCGCCGGCGAGUCUCUUCUUGGGCACGAUAUAAUGCCCGCAAUAACACUCUUAUUAAUUUGGAAUUAUGGGAAAAGAUUCAAAAACAUUUUCCAGAAGAAUGCCAACGCAGAAUUAGUGGGCAGGAUGUAGAAGAAGAUAUGUGCCUACAUCAGCCAGUGCGCUGUUUAAGUAAACCUGGAGAAUUAAGACAGGAGUAUGAAGAAGAGAUAAGCAAGGUAGAAGCAGAACGACUGGCUCAUGAAGAAGAAGCAAGCAAUGCAAGCAAAGAGUAUAUUCAAAGGCUAUUGGCAGAAGAGGAAGAAGAGCAGAAGCUAGCAGAAGAAAGGAAAAAACAGAUGGAAGAACAAUUACUACUGGAUGAAAUAUUGGCACGGAAACUAAGUUGCGAUCUGAACAGCUCUGCUGAGGAGCACAUGAACAGCAGCCUGUCACCUGGACCCUUCCCCUCUGAUUCUGGCAAAACAUCAAAAAGCAAAUGCUGCAGUUCUGUGGACAUUAAAAAGUAUUUGUCUCCAAAGCCCUUUAAUUCCUUGCCUCCAAAGAGGUGCUUUAAAGAAUUGCAAGAAGAACCCUCUGGCUCCUUUUCUGAGGAGAGCAGCAACACUAAAACCAUCUGUACAUCAAGAGAAAAAGGAAGAGAAAACGAAAUGCCCACACUAUCUCCACAGGCAAUCAGGGAGGCAAAGAGAGGUGCGGAUGGUUAUGACUAUAAAAAUGAGAAUUUUACAACAGACAUGCAGUUGAAAACAUCUCAAGAAUCCUUCCCCGAAGCAGCAGUUGAUUCAUACUUAAAUGAUAAAAGGAAAAGAACUUUGUCACAAACUGAUGAUGAAGAAGAGAUGGAUGAUAUAGAAAUGCAGAUAAGUUUGGAGCAGCAGUUUUAUGAAAGGCAAAAGCAAGAAGAAGAGGAUAGACGUCUGGCUCUGAAGCUUCAGAGGGAAAUGGACAAAGAGCAGAACAUGCUAAAUCGCAAGAAAGGGUCUCCAGAUGAAUACCAUUUGCGUCCUACAACAUCUCAGUCAGUAAAAGAAUCUCCAGUUGCAAGGAAACGGAGCAGGAUUUCAAAGAACUCAAAGUCUUCAAACAACCUGCUUGAAACAGAUAAACGAAAACUACACAGAAGUUCCCAGAAUGAGAACUGGAAACCCUCUAACCAGCUCCAGGCAAAGUCACCUUCUGUAAAAGGAGAAAAUGUUUUGAAUUGUGUCAACAACUCUAACUCAAAAGAUGCAGAAGUGCUUUCAAGCAAGCAAAAAACAAUUCUUCAGAUGUUUAAGAGGCCUGCAACAAAGUAAAUGAACAGUAGUACUUUCAUGACAUUGAUUGGAGUUAAUGAAGGGGCACUGUUGAAAAGCUGA